AUGGCGGAAGCAGACAACUACCUCGUGCCCGAGUCCCAACGGACUCGCCGCCUGUCUUCCAUAUCCGCAACCUGCGCCGACCUCUUUUCGGGGCCUACCGUCCUUGUGCCCCCCAGACAUCUCAUGGCCAAAAGCGAUGCAUUUGAAACCGCUCAAUCAAUCGAACUCGCCAAAAAGCAUCUCGAAGAAUCCACGACCUCCUCCUCUGAAGAAGCAACCCCGGCUUCGGGGUCACCAGUUCUCAAGGCCGUGCCAACACACAACUCCGCUUCGUCUAUAACGGAUAAAUAUGCAUUUGCGUUUGAUAUUGAUGGCGUUUUGAUUCGAGGUGGGAGGGUUAUUCCCGAAGCCGUUGAGGCGAUGAAAGUUUUGAACGGUGAGAAUGAAUUCGGAAUCAAAGUACCAUACAUCUUUGUCACCAAUGGCGGCGGCAAAACCGAGGAAGAGCGCUGCCUCGACCUCAGCCGCCAACUCGAACUGGAAGUCUCCCCCGGCCAAUUCAUAUGCGGCCACACGCCCAUGCGCGAAAUGGCCGAAAAAUACAACACCGUCCUGGUGGUUGGCGGCGUAGGCGAAAAAUGCCGCGAAGUCGCCGAGGGAUAUGGAUUCAAAGACGUCGUCACUCCAGGCGAUAUCAUCAAGACCAAUGCCGAAACCACACCCUUCCGUAAACUCACCCAAGUAGAAUGGAACAACUCCCGGGUUAGGGAGUUUGACAAGCUUAAUAUCGAGGCCAUCUUCGUCUUCGCCGACAGCCGUGACUGGGCCGGCGAUCAACAGAUUAUUCUGGAUCUGCUGAUGUCCAAGAACGGACGCAUCGGAACGCGCUCGGAAUCCUUCCAGGAAGGACCGCCAAUCUACUUCUCGCACAACGACGUCGUCUGGUCCACCGCCCACGACUACACACGUAUCGGCAUGGGUGCGCUGCGCGCUUCGCUGGAGGCCCUCUACAAAGCCGUUACGGGCAAGGAACUCACCACCAUCGCAUUCGGAAAGCCGCAACUCGGCACCUUUGAAUUCGCAACCCGCCUGUUGAGGCAAUGGCGAAGGGAUACCCACGGCAUCAACAGAGCACCCGAUACUGUAUACUUUGUCGGCGAUACUCCGGAAUCUGAUAUCCGCGGCACAAAUGAAUACAACGCUCACGCUGCCUCCGGGGACGCAGAGUGGUUUUCUAUCUUGGUGAAAACGGGUGUUUUCCAAGAAGGCACAAUCCCACGCUACCCACCUAACAAAAUCGCUAAUAACGUGCUGGACGCCGUAAAAUUCGGUAUGCAACGCGAAUUCGCAAAAGCGGUCAAGGAGCAUGUUAUCUCUGAAGCAGACCGGAAUCAGAUUGUGGAUGAUGAUGAUGCUGAUUCAGAUGAGGCUGUUGUUUUGGAGUAA